CAUAUUUACAGACGCUCCCGGGUAAGCGCUUCUGGUUCGGCGUUGGCUCGUCAGGUUCGUUUUUCCCACUCGUAUACUUUAUUCGGAUAUGUCUCAGUGUGCAUUCAGAAGACUUGUCACUGGGGUUUUAAGCGUGCAGCGAUUUGAAGCCAACCGUGCGCUCUUGCGUGCUGGAAGCUCUGUGAAGACAAACAAGAGGUGUUGGUCUGAUGAAGUGAAGGACAGUGAAAGGAGUCAGGCCUUUGAUGUUUCUAUUCUUGAGUUUCUUGUUUGUCCACUGUCCAAAAAGCCUUUGAGGUACGACGAAAAGGGUAAUGAAUUGAUCAACGAGGAGCUUGGCAUUGCUUAUCCCAUCAUUGAUGGUAUUCCUAACAUGAUCCCACAAGAUGCCCGAAAGAUCCAGAAAACAGAAGCAACUGAACACCCCCUCUAAAUCUGAGAAAUAAUCAUUUCCACCACAAUGUUUUUCUCCUUAUCCACAUUGACUGUUCUUGUGCCACUAAUAUCCCUGACCGGACUGUUUUACUCGGCGAGCGUGGAUGAAAACUUUCCCCAAGGAUGCACGAGUACAAACAGCUUGUGCUUUUAUAGCCUGCUGUUGCCUGUGACAAUUCCCGUCUAUGUUUUCUUUUACCUUUGGAAGUGGAUGGGUAUCAAGCUGUUCAGACACAAUUAGACACAAAAAAGUUAAACACAGAUAAAUCCACACAACUGACUAUUUAAUCCGUCAGAAAUGACUGUGAACAGUGCUUGCUCGUAAACAAAGCACAUAUUUUUUGAUUUAUCAAGAUACACCAUGAAAUGUAAUACAGAACAUGUAACUGGAAGUAAAC